UCUCUCUCUCUCUCUCUCUCUCACACACACACACACAGUAAUCGGUCGAAGAAUCAAGCUCUCUCUUGACACUGGGAACCAUAGCUUCCAACCAAAACCAGGUUCGCUCCUGUUUGGCUACACGUUACCAAUUAAGCAAAGAACAACGAAAAGAAGAACUGACAAGAAGUAUUAUGGAGCGUAGAGACAAUCAAUCUCCACAAGCUCAGACGGCUCGUAUUCUGGUGGAAUUCUUGGAGGCUGCCAUCACUUCCAUUGUCUUUCUCAAAGGAGUAUAUCCUUCUGGUGCAUUUGAAAGGCGGCGAUAUAUGAAUGUAGUGGUUCAGAAGGCUCGCUACCCUCAACUUGGAGAAUACAUCAAUUCUGCCGUCACUGGGCUGCUUCCUUUCAUUGAGAAGGGAUUGGUGGAAAGAGUUGCGGUUAUUUUCUUCGAUAGUGAGAACAUUCCGUUGGAGAGAUUUAUUUUCAAUCUUUCUGUUAACCAGUCUUAUGGCUCAAAGGUGGAAGCAGCUGAUUUAGAGUUCUCUCUUCGAUCGUUUUUUAUCAAGCUUCCAGUAUCAGAAACACUGACAAAGGUUUUGCCCCAAGAUUGCAGGUGGGAAAUAACAGCUUAUUUCCGUGCACUCCCCCAGGCUAGUACAAGCAAGGAUGCAGAGUUAUGGAUCCCAACAGACACAAAGCAGUGGCUACAACCUCCAUUAAUAACCCCUGUUAAAUCGAUGAGUAGUGAACCUCUUGGUGUUCAGCUAUAUCUGGAACAUCCUAGUCUAUCUGAACCAAAGCCUUAAAUGGAACUUGAACAAGUCUCUGUCUGGGUAAUAGAACUGGAGAGCUGGGGAGAGAAUUGGUUUUCCUCGAAUCAAGGAGAUAUCAGAGCUAGAAACUGAGGAUUUGGAUCUUUAGACAGUCUUGCUGUUUGUAUACUGUGAAACAAGGUGAUGUAGAUAUUAGGAAUCACUAACUUCUAAAAGGAAAACGCAAAUAGAAAAACUUUGGGCGAUUCCUUUGUACUAGGAAAUUUGAUCGUUAUUGACAGAAAUAGAGAUUGGGGAGAUCCGCAGCUGCUUGAUAUGGGGUGGCACGAGAAAUUGAUUCUAUAUCUCUGACUCUGCAUAAGGUUUACCUUUAAGCAAUGAAACUAGUGAAAGUGUUUAAGUAUAGGUGAAGAAACUAACAAGAGAUGCGGAAGGACUUGAAACAGAAGAGUAAAGAGUGUUGCGGUGCUGGUAAGGAGAGUUCAAAUGAUGCUACAGCAGGUUAGAGAUGGAAAGCUAAGCGCCACUCAGGUAGAUAGUAGUUUGUUGCAAAAUCUUGACUUGAACUUCUGGUAUGGAUAUCAGUUUAUUCUCCAUUAAUGUUAUAGUUGUUUGAAAA